UAUUAAAAUAUGUAUCCGCCUCCCAGCUGGAAGCCUCCGGGUGCAAAAUCUGCCAAAAAGACAGGAAGCGGACAUUCUGCAGCAGUAAUGGCUACUACACGCGCAGCAACUUUUUCUGCCAAAAUUCGAACCCUCAGCGAUUUCCACAGCCGUAUCCUUAAUCAGCAACAAGUCCCUAGUAGUGCGGAAAUGGUAACUACCUUGAGAUAUUUCCAACAAACCUUAGUCAGUUUUCUAAAAGACAUACCUUCCGAACGGAGCUCACUCUUUGAAAAAUAUUCAAGUGAAAAUGCCAUUGUUCGGAGCGGAUUAUACCCAAAUCUUAAUUAUUCUGGCCUAUUUUAUGGUAUUGUUAAUUUACUCGAUGCUUUCCCUAUGAUUAGUAGUGCACAGACUGCUAUCGCUGAGGCAAUACUUGAUACACUUAAAGCACUCUACUUUUUUUUGGAUAGAGAAUGUAUUGAACAACUUCCUCUCUUACUUGCUUCACAACUCGGCGUUUUUCCUUCCGAAGUUGACCGUCGACUUGUACAUUUACUAUGCGACUGUAUUUUCCCCUACUCUUUUGGGGAAGGAGUAAAUGGACGUGUUUCAGUCCCAGCAGUGCUUAUUCUCGUCCUUCACCAUUCUGUCGAUAAUUCAUUACACACCUUAAUUAUUGAACGGCUGGCUUAUCGUCUGCCUGAUUUAUACUCAGAUUUGUUAACGGUAAUCGCUUCUGGUACGAGUGAAUCACGUAUUGCAGCAGUUAACCUGCUUUUCCACUAUUGGCCGUUGUUAUAUCCAGGGAUUAUGCUCAGACGGACAGUUCAAUAUCGAGUACAAGCUUGGUCCUCUCCACAAUGUCAGAACACACAGUGCGUGGAGAAGGGUCCAAGGCAUGCAAUUUAAUUAUUAACUAGUUUGAUGAUAGUUUAACCAGAAAUGCACACGGAUAAGCAUAUAUCCGCGGCUCCGGAAGGAUAGGAAUAUGAGUCUAUAUCCACACGAUAAGUGAAUCAUGCAUUACAGCAGUUCGAGGCUACUGAAGGAUAUAUCCGAGACUACGGACGGAUACGAGUAUGAGACCAUAUCCGCGAGAUAUCCGUCAAGGCCAACCGAAGCUGACGACCCCGGCGUUUCCCUGAACCUGACAUUUUUGAGCACCCUGUCGAGGAAGCUACCUACAUUCAUUCUUCUCUCUCUAUAGGAAUGACACUCAAGUUAACAUAACUCUUAUUUAUUCAGUACUUGUCUCACUUACGAACCUUCAAUCUGCGCAAAUUUGGGAGACUCUGCCCCUCCAAUGUUCAUUUGUCAUAAUUGCCAGGAAUCUGUCACUUCAUCAACUACAGAACCUUUGCAU